AAAAUAAAUCAGAAUCUCCCCAUCUCCCUCAGAAAUGACCGUGGCCUGUAUUUGGAGCUGUCAUCGGUGAGAUGGACACGUGGGUGGAUGGUGGAUGGCUGGAAGGACAGACACAAAUACAAGUUUAUAAAUUAGAUCAUACUCUACUUGCAACUUUUACUGAAAGCCUAAAAUUUGUUUUUUAAUCUUAUUCACUUCAGACUUCUAAAAACAUUCAUUUUGAGUGGGUCGUGUGCUCACAGGCUUCAUGAUGCAAAAGGCACGAAGGGGGCAUGGUGGGGGACAAGUCUCCUCACUGCCCCGUGCUCCAGCCUCCUGGUUCUCAGGCUGUCACCACUGUCCCCACUGUCACUGUUGUCUUGUGUGUCCUUCCAGAGGUAGUUUGUGCUUAAAAAAUUUAAGUUUAAUUAUGCUUGAAUUUAACAGAAGAAAAAGAAAUGUAAGUAAAAUGGAAGAUAUUGAACUUUAGAUAACUGUUUCAUCACGUAAGAUGCUCAACCGCAGACACGGUCCCGGGGAGGUGCAGGGAAGGAGCCGGCCUGUGUGGCCGCCGAUGUCACCGAGAACCGGCUGGGCGAUGCACCGGGAGCCUCGGGUCCAGGUCCUUCUCUCUGCUUCUCAGUGUCCUCAUUUGCAGAAUGGACACAAUGCCUGUGCCUUACGGUCUUGUAAUGCUUGAGUGCCUGUUGCUCAUUUCGCAGAUGAAGAAACCGAGGCUCGGAGAGGUCAGGUGAUUUGCCUGGUGACUUGCAGACAGGACCCGCAUCUUCAGACUCCAGAACCCCGUGGGUUUGGAGCUCUGUGGCUGCGUUGCCCUCCUGGGAAAGGUUAGGAGAUGGGGCUGGGGCAUGGCUGGCUGAUGGCCGUGGCUUCUCUGUCCCGCAGGGGAUGAGCUGCCCUGUGACAUGCGGAUCCCGUCGGACAAGCAGGACAAGCUUCACGGCUGCCUGGAGCAUCUCUUUAACCAGGUGGACUCCAUCAACGCGCUCCUCAAGGGGCCAGUGAUGAGCAGAGCUUUCGAAGAGACCAAGCAUUUCCCCAUGGACCACAGCUUGCAAGAGUUCAAACAGAAAGAAGAGUGUACGAUCCGUGGCCGGAGCUUGAUCCAGAUCAGCAUCCAGGAGGACCCCUGGAACCUCCCCAACUCCAUCAAGACCCUGGUGGACAACAUCCAGAGACACGUGGAAGAUGGGAAGAACCAGCUACUCCUGGCCUUGCUGAAAUGCACAGACACGGAGCUGCAGCUGCGCAGGGACGCCAUCUUCUGCCAGGCCCUGGUGGCCGCCGUGUGCACCUUCUCCGAGCAGCUGCUGGCGGCCCUCAGCUACCGCUACAACAACAACGGCGAGUACGAGGAGAGCAGCCGCGACGCCAGCCGCAAGUGGCUGGAGCAGGUGGCGGCCACGGGCGUCCUGCUGCACUGGCAGUCGCUGCUCUCGCCGGCCACUGUGAAGGAGGAACGGACCAUGCUGGAGGACAUCUGGGUGACCCUGUCGGAGCUGGACAAUGUCACCUUCUCCUUUAAGCAGCUGGAUGAGAACUACGUGGCUAACACCAACAUCUUCUACCACAUUGAGGGCAGCCGGCAGGCACUGAAGGUCAUCUUCUACCUCGACAGCUACCACUUCUCCAAGCUGCCCUCCCGCCUGGAGGGCGGGGCCAGCCUGAGGCUGCACACGGUGCUCUUCACGAAAGCCCUGGAGAAUGUGGAGGGGCCCCCUCCUCCAGGCAGCCAGGCCGCAGAAGAUUUGCAGCAGGAGAUCAAUGCGAAUUCGCUGGAGAAAGUGCAGCAGUACUACCGCAAGCUCAGGGCCUUUUACCUGGAACGGUCUAAUCUGCCCACGGAUGCCAGCACCACGGCGGUGAAGAUAGACCAGCUGAUACGCCCCAUCAACGCCCUGGACGAGCUCUGCCGCCUCAUGAAGUCCUUCGUCCACCCCAAGCCGGGGGCUGGGGGCAGCCUGGGCGCCGGCCUCAUCCCCAUCUCCUCGGAGCUCUGCUACCGCCUGGGGGCUUGCCAGAUCGCCAUGUGUGGCACGGGCAUGCAGAGGAGCACCCUGAGCGUCUCCCUGGAGCAGGCGGCCGUCUUGGCGCGGAGCCACGGGCUGCUGCCCAAGUGCAUCAUGCAGGCCACGGACAUCAUGCGCAAGCAGGGCCCCAGGGUGGAGAUUCUGGCCAAAAACCUGCGAGUCAAGGAUCAGAUGCCACAGGGCGCACCGCGCCUCUACCGCCUCUGCCAGCCGCCGGUGGACGGGGACCUCUGAACACCCAAAUGCCCCACGAGGGGCUGUGUCCUCUGGAGCUGGGAUUUGGGAGGACACGGGGCCCGCCUUCCCGGAGACGGCCCGAGGCGUCUGCUGCCACCUGCUCCAGGAUCUGCCCAGGUUCCUCCACUGCCUCCCUCCAGGACAAGCCUGGGCCCCCACUCUUCGACGAACUGGCUCAUCAGCCCUGGACUGCCACAUGCUCCACCUUCUGCCAGAAGCCAGAGGGGUGCUGGAGACCCACAGGGCUGACGGGGCCGCCAGGGCCUGGGCUCCUGCCUCCAAGUCCCCAGGACACGAGAAAGUGACGGGUGCCGCAGCUAGAAGCCCACAGGCCCGGCUCCCUUGAGAUGGCUCAACCUGCACUUUUGAAACCCCUGGUUUCCUUCUAAGCCACAUUCCAGGAGACCACACGUGUCUCCUCCUCCUCCUCCUGCCCGUAGCUUCCAGAUUCACCCCUAACCCUGUACUAACCUGCCUGGUGGACCCGGAAGAGCCGGGCCUCUGCCAGGAGAGAUGGAGACAGGGCCACGCCUGCUGCCAAGAGGACCCUCGAAACCCACACCAGCUUCUCGCAUCACGGCCGCUGGCCCGGGAGCCAUCAGCCCUGGGCGCGAGAAUUGCUCCGACUUUUAUUUAUAUGGCGUGAAAUCUCUGGUUUAUUUUGGGAUUUUUUGUUGUUGGUGUUGUCGAGAUUUUUUUUUUUUUUCUAAAGUUGUGUGAUUAUAUAUUUGACAUUUUAAAUUUCAAAGAAAGGUAUAUUGUCUAACAGGGACCAACAUAAAGUAGCAUUGACAACUUUUCCCAGUUCUACUAAAAAAAAAAAAAAGCGAAGAGAAAACUAAAUUAUUGAAAAUUUUAAAAAUGUCAGUAUUUCUUCUUUUUUAAUAGUAGGGUCAUAAGGUGUUACAGGCAUCGACUGUGAUUCCUGUUCCCGCCCACCCUCGUUCUCCAGCAGUUGGUCGUGUUAGAACUUUGUCACUGACGACUGUCUGCAGGGGUCUGAGAGGCGGCCAGAGUAGGGGCUGGAGGGGACUGAACUACCCCAGAGCUGCCAUCUCACAGGUACAAGGGCCACUGGGACACACUGGUGGUGGCUUCUGUAACUUAUUUUCUUGAUGUUGGCUUCUCAGAGCAGGGCAUUGGGGACUUCUCAGCCAGCCGCCGAGCAGGAAGCCACCCUGCCCACCUUGUGGGUGGAAGGACCUGCUCAGGGACCCCUCAGCUGCUGGGGGCCUGCCGGGAAAUGUCCUCACCGAGGAAGAAGGGAGGGAUGUUCUGUCCGGUGGGUGAGACGGGGUGCGGGGUUCCUGCUGCACUUAAGGCCAAGGGGUUGAAGCCCCACUAGCAUCUCAGCCCCCUCAGCCCCCAGGGGCCACCUUCCCUCUCUUGCCGCUGCAUACGGGAUAGCAAGCGGUGGCCUUGACGCUGUGUCCUGUGGCAGAUACAAACGAGGACCCGCUUUGGCCUGUCGUGGGAAACGGAGAAGGGCCCCUAGGGCCAGGGCUUCGUGCACUGGUUUACUUUAAAUGUACAGAUUCUUCUCGUGAAAUUCAUGAUAGAUUUUUUAUUAUUAAAAGUCAGUUUAUAAUACAAAGAA